AUGACCUCAACCGGCGGGUCGUACAACUCGUCAGGGCAGUUCGUCGGGCACUCUGCGGCCCGCCUCCUUGUCGAGGUAGCGCCUCAUCUGCUCGCUCCAGAACUCCUCCCAGGUCGCCUUCCAGCCGUUUUCCUGCUCCAUGUCACCGAAGCGCGUGUUUAUGGGGAACCCGACACCACCAAGUGGUAUUCGUGCGACGUCGUCGACCCGCACCUCUUCCCCAAGUACAAAAUCUCCACAGCAACGCAGUUCGACAAGCUCAGCGACUUUCUGGCCUUCAACCAGACGUGGUACUGCAGCGACGAGGGAGACGACCACCCGGCAAGCUUCACGGCACAAGCCAACACCACGCUGCUGGUCCUCAACACGGCCGACCAGCCCCGCCGCGCUGUGUAUUGCUUCUACCGCCUCGACCUAGCAACGGAGUAUUUUGCUGUCAACCAGUUGUGA